AUGAAGCUCUCCUGGCUUGGCGUGGAUCUCUCCCGGGUGCUGCACUUGGCUGCCGUCUUCUGCCUGACCUGCGUGCUGCUGAAGGCCAUCCAGCUGUACCACCGGCGGCGGGAGCUGCUCAGGGCGCUGGCCGACUUCCCCGGCCACCCGACCCACUGGCUCUUCGGCCACGUCCACGAGUUUCUCAAGGAGGAAGAGGUGCUGGACAAGGUGGAGAUCUGGGCACAGAAGUACCUAUAUGCUCACCCUCUCUGGUUUGGGAGUUUCUCAGCAUUCCUGGUUGUCACCGAUCCUGACUAUGCCAAGGCUCUGUUGGCCAGAGGAGAUCCCAAAGAUAACAUCAGCUAUAAACACCUUGUCCCAUGGAUCGGGAAUGGGUUGCUGAUCUUACAUGGACCAAAAUGGCACCAACAUCGAAAACUCCUGACUCCAGGGUUUCAUUAUGACAUCUUGAAACCAUACGUGGCCCUGAUGGCAGAGUCUACUAAUGUGAUGCUGGAUAAAUGGGAACAGCUGGUCACAGAUGGGGAACCAGUGGAGCUCUUUGAGCAUGUCAGUUUGAUGACUCUUGAUAGCAUCAUGAAAUGUGCCUUCAGUUGUCACAGCAACUGCCAGACCAACAGGAAAAACACCUACAUCCAGGCUGUCUACAGCCUAUGCCUCAUGGUGCACCAGCGCCUUCGCAUCUUCCCGUACCACAAUGACAUCAUUUACUGGCUCAGCCCCCACGGAUAUCAGUUCAGGAAGGUCUGCCAGCUUGCUCAUGACCACACAGACAAGGUGAUACAAGAGCGAAAGGAGUCCCUUAAAGAUGAACAGGAAUUUGAAAAGAUCCAGAAGAAGAGACAUUUGGACUUCUUGGACAUUCUGCUGUGUGCCAAAGAUGAGAACGGAGCUGGACUGUCCGAUGAGGACCUGCGUGCCGAGGUGGACACAUUCAUGUUUGAGGGCCAUGACACAACAGCCAGUGGGAUCUCCUGGCUCUUGUACUGCCUGGCGUCACACCCCGAGCACCAGGCACGGUGCCGGGAGGAGAUCCAGGGGAUCCUGGGACACCGGGAGACACUCCAGUGGGAGGACCUGGGCAAGAUGACUUACAGCACCAUGUGCAUCAAGGAGAGCCUUCGCCUUUACCCACCAGUUCCCGGUGUGUCCCGGCAGCUCAGCAAACCCAUCACCUUUCCUGAUGGACGCACCUUGCCAGAAGGCAGCAUUGCCGCGAUAAGCAUUUAUCUCAUUCACAGAAACCCUGCAGUAUGGAAAGACCCUCUGGUGUUCGACCCUUUGCGGUUUUCCCCAGAGAACAUCUCUGGCAGACACUCUCACGCUUUUCUGCCUUUUUCUGCUGGAAUGAGGAACUGCAUUGGGCAGCAGUUCGCCAUGAAUGAGAUGAAGGUGGCACUGGCCCUGACCCUGCUCCGUUUCGAGCUCUCUCCUGACCCCGCCAAGCCUCCCUGCAAAAUACCUCAGAUCAUCCUUCGCUCCAAGAAUGGGAUUCACCUGUAUCUAAAGAAAAUCCGCUGAUGCUGGAAAACGUCCUGCCUUCGCCAGAGGAAGGGACCAAGCAGAUGGCGGGACAAUGUUUCUCUGGGACAAAAAGUGCAGGGCAGGAUUUGAGCAUGAGGAUUCCUGAUUUCUGUGGUUCUUCCAUGAGCUGAAAGCCCUCUCAGCCUGGGCCCAGCCAGCCUAGGUGACCUUGCACAGACUCAUUGCCAUCUGCUCUGCGAGCACUGCUCUUGGAGCAGCUGGGCAUGGCCAGGCCUCUUCUCUGGCUGUCCCCUUGUCCUCCCAUAAGGGCUGGCCUGGCCUGGGAACAUCUGCAGGUCCCACCAGCUUCCUCCUUACCAAAUCCUGCCUUUGCACUCAUGUCGUGGCUGAAACUAACGGUUCCCAGCCCUGCUCUGUCAUCAGCACCUUCCUCAGUGCCUAGAGGUCAGCUCUCCUCUCCUGCAGCAGGAACAGCCUGUGGCAGACCUCUGUCUCUCUUCUCACACUCAAUGUGUGUCUGCUUUGUUGGAAACACUGAUUCCAGUUUGGGCUCUGAAAUUCUGCCUAAACUGCAAAAAUAUUCUGUAAUUUUUGUGUUAAUAAACCAAUAAUUAUUCCUGUAA